UGGAGGCAGCACAAGAAGCAUGUAUUUAUCUUAAGCUGUGCUGGCAAACCAAUAUACACACGGUACGGCGAUGAAGACCAACAGGCCAGUUUGUUUGGUACCCUCCUAACACUGUCACAAUUCCUUCAACACACAACGAACCACCACACAGAGAAAGAUGUUCUCAAGUGCAUAUGUGCCGGUCAACAUCGAAUCAUGUUCAUGAGUCAGGAGUUCAUGGUGCUGGUCAUUGUCAGUCAGUCCCUUCCAGGACAACAUCCAGAGCCCAGUCACUCACUCAUGCAACAGUUGUCUUAUAUCUAUUACCAGGUCAUCAGUAUAUUAUCCUACAGCCGCAUGAAGGUUGUAUACGAGCAAAGACCUAACUAUGAUUUGAGACGACUGCUCUCUGGAGCUGAAAAGUUCAUUGACAGUUUGUUGGAGUCAAUGGAUAGAGAUCCGGGCUACUUGUUAUGUUCAGUCAAGUGCCUACCGUUGGAUGUUUCUGAGAGGGAGAGUAUUGCUCAAGCCAUUUCAACUAAUGCCAAAAUCAAGGACUUAGUGUUUGCCUUGCUGAUAUCUGGGAAUCAGCUCAUUGCCCUCAUUAGGCUGAAGCAGUACCUUCUCCAUCCGAUUGAUCUGCACGUCCUCUUCAAUCUUGUAACAUCAUCUGAAUCAUUUAAGCACGCCGAGUCCUGGACCCCCAUCUGUCUGCCUAAGUUUGAUCCUAAUGGCUACCUUCAUUGUCACAUUUCUUACCUGGAUGAUGCCUGCAAGGUGUGUCUCCUCUUACUCUCAGUCAAUAAAGAUUCCUUCUACGUACUGUCGGAAUGCAAAAAUCGAAUUAAAGAAAAACUCACGAAAUUGAACUCGCUGAACUGCUUGAGUGAAUUACUGAGUAAGAGUUCGUACUACCAGGUGUCUCACUGUGGCAUCCCUGGUCUGCUGCACUUCAUCUACAAGGCGAGAACCACUGGUCAAUUCACUGAACCUGAACACUCUGGACCUUAUUUAGAUCAGGAAAACAGAGAACGAUUGUUCUCACUGUUUCGGUACAUCUACGGCUUGAUGCACACUCCUAGCAGGCCGCUGAAAAUAUAUUAUCACGUGGGCUCCAAAGAAAAUAUACUGGCCUGGGUGACGAAUCAUUUCGACAUGUACGCCGUCUUCAGUCCCCUGGCGACCAAGAACCAAGCCAUCCAGAUGGUCAACAAGUUGCUCAAGUGGAUCAAAAAAGAAGAAAAUAGAUUAUUCGUUCUUUCUUCGCACAUUAUUUGA